CUCUUUUAGAGCAGAUGAGCGCAGCUUCUUUCAGAACAUGCAACCUUCACUGUGGAGCUAAAGAAUUUACUUAAAAAAAAAAUCCACACCGUGGAAUAUUUAUAUUAUAAUCAUCAGCGCUAUAUUAUUUAUUUUUUUUUGUUCGUAAGAAGGCUAAAUGACAAGUUGGCAGGCUAGGCAGAGAAACACGCAGUAACCCGGCACAGGACGCGAUGGAGGGCAAAGGGCUGCUUCGAUGUAAGAUCGUGGUGGUUGGUGACACGCAGUGUGGAAAAACAGCUCUUCUCCACGUCUUUGCCAAAGACUCAUACCCAGAGAAUUACGUUCCCACGGUGUUUGAAAAUUACACGGCAAGUUUCGAGAUCGACAAACAGCGUAUCGAGCUCAACAUGUGGGACACGUCAGGUUCAGCCUACUAUGACAACGUGCGACCAUUAGCUUAUCCUGAUGCGGACGCCGUACUCAUCUGUUUUGAUAUAAGUCGCCCAGAGACGCUGGACAGCGUGGUGAAAAAGUGGCAAGGAGAAACGCAGGAGUUUUGCCCCAAUGCCAAAGUGGUGCUGGUUGGCUGCAAGUUGGACUUGAGGACCGACGUGAACAUCAUGAGGGAGCUGUCCAAACACAGACUCAUCCCCGUCACCCACGAACAGGGUACUCAACUAGCGAGACAGAUCGGCGCCGUGGCGUACGCAGAGUGCACCGCCAAAUACUCGGAGAACAGCGUCCGGGAUGUGUUCCAUGUUACCACGUUGGCCUCGGUGACCUGCAUCCACAGGCCCACGUUGAAGCGUGCCGGCUCGCGACGUGGGCUUAAGCGGGUUUCCCAGCAGCCGCCUCGGACUGAGAUUCACGAGCACCCCCCCGCCAUGAGGAAAGAGCGAGCCAAGAGCUGCGUGCUCAUGUAGACUUUAUUUAUUGUGUUCAAGUCUUUUAAACUGCUUUAAAAAAAAAUGGACGGUGUUAGGAAAACGAUGUGUUCAGGUGUUAAAUGAAGCACAGCUAGCAUGGAAGUUAACCAUAACCAUAAUUGCUGAUAAACAAACUAAGCAGUUUCUUUUUAAAUAACGAAAUCUGGACACAAAACGGGUUUGGAGAGCACACAAAAUUCCUAAAACCACAAAUGCAACUAAAACAGGGGUGGGCAAACUACGGCCCGGGGGCCACAUCCGGCCCGCCAAGUGUUUGAAUACGGCCCCAAGUAUUUCAUUUAAACUCAACAUACAACCUGGCAUCAUGGCCUGAGCCAACCUUUUGAUGGUUUUAUCAAUUUCGUUUUUUGACAUGGUCUGUUGUUUACAAAGUGCUCCUGAAAAAAGGGACACAAGCACAUAAUAAUAAUAAUAAUUAUUAUUAUUAUUAUUAGAACUAUUAUGAUUAUUAUAAUUAUUAUAUUAAAGCUAAUUAUUAUAUUAAUUAUAUAUAAUAUUGUUAUAUUUGCAUAUUUUACAUAAUAAUAAUAUAAUAAUUAUUAUUUUAAUUUUAUUGUAAUUAUUAGAAUAUUUUAUUAUUUUUAAAAUAUUUAAAUAUAAAUAUAAAAUAAUAAAUAAUAAUAGCAGAUUGCAUGACAAUUUUACAGAUACAAUAAUACCAGGUGGACUGUUACGUGUAAAAUAUAUAGUCUGCCCCCCCCGUCAUAUCAAGUCAAAAAGUUUGCCCACCCCUGAACUAAAACCAUGUCUGACUAUACAAUACUGAUGUGCUGUUUAAUCAAUAAUACUGUUUUACUGCCCAAUGGGAAAGAAUAAGACACAAAUAAGACAGGAAAUGUUAAGUUGUUUAUGUGAUUAUGAAAUAAAUAACUUGCACUGCUAAGUCACUGAAUAUAUGAAACUGAAAUAUGUAUCAUAAAUAUGUUGUUUGGGUCUGGUCCACGUCAAGAUUUUCUAAACAUUUUGAGCGUUCCUGAAUUUUUGGAAAACCGUACCACUUUCUCUUAAACUUAAAAAAAUGAUUAUGGGAUUAAGGAUGAUUUUUUUUUUUUUUAAGUCGUCCAAAAAUAAAAUGGCCUUAUUGCAGGUUCAAGUGCCAACUGUUGCUUUGGAGUCGAGGCAAUUCGGUUUUAAACACGGCUCCCGCGCAGGCCUCACAGCGAGAAGACCCGAGUUCAAUACCACCCUCUGUGUGGAGUUUGAAUGUGUGUACCGCUUUUUCCUCAUGAGGGUCGCGGGGGUGCUGGA